AUGUCUACUCCUCAGAAAUAUCCUCGCUCGCCAGGUACGACGGCACCUUUGCGUCGUGGUCUAUUCAAAGAUGGUCUUUGGUGUUGCAAUUGCCCUGAACGCCCGGCUGCGGCUCGUCGCCAGACCAAGAAGGAGGGGCCAAACAUAGGAAAAUGGUUUUGGACCUGUGCGCAACCACCACAUAUCAAAUGUAGCUUCUUCUUGUGGGCCGACGACGCUACGAUGCGCGAGCAAGCGACCGUUCUUGCCAAUUCUAGAUCGGAGCUCGAUCCUUUCUCGUUCACUCCGACAAAACGAACUCCAGGACGUAUGACCGGCGGUCUACUCACUCCCCAGACCGAGCGCAGAUUUGUCGUUACCCCACAACGCCACUUCAUGUCACCGCCCAAGACAGCCAAAGCUAGAAUGAUCUCAGAAGCCUCGGACGACUUUGACUGGAGUGAUGAUUUGGAUGACGAUGAUGAGCUACUCGAGGCGCUCUCCUUCACCAAGACCGAGAGCUUUAUCUCGCAACCCGACUUCCGUCCCGAACCACCAUCCAAGACCCGCCGUACUUCCACAGUGACCUCGCCCGGGAAGCGCAAACUUUCACAAGAUACAAUUACCAGUUCCUCCUUUGGGGAUACCGCCCUCGCGACGCCUUUCUCAUCGCGCUCCUUCCGUAGUGGAAUGUUCCCUCCCUCGUCUGCAGAGUUGUGCAUGACACCCACGCCGACCAAGUACAAUGAUGUGCUCUCCGCAGACUCCAAAUUCGACACUUCGGAUCUCGCAAAGAGUCUACUUGAAAUUUUGGACAAACAUAGCGUCGUUUUGCCAAACAAAGCGCAGGAUGAAGUCGUCGCGCUGCUCAAUCGGCAGGACUUGCGAACGCAGGGGAUUAUCCGUGGCCGAGACUUGACGCGGCUGGCAUUGAACAAGAAAAAUACUGAGAUAAAAAAGCUGCAAGAUCGUGUCUCCAAUCUGGAGGCUCAGAGGCAAUUAGAUCGUUCUCUUAUCGAGGGCAUGAAGCAUUAUUGA